CUUCUCAUUCCCUUCCACGACAAUAGCACACAUAUACUGACACCUCAAUAAUUCACACCGCAGACAUUUAUCCAACAUGUCAGCCCAAUCAACAGAACCAAAAGAAACCGUACCUUCCGUUGCAACUCAUCGAUUCGCAAAACUCAACCCUUUCCGCGAUGACGAUGACGAAGGAGGUGAUGAUCUCGGUGAAGAGAUCAAUGAGACAUCAAUCGCCGGUGGUGGUAGAGCAAUUGGUGGUAGUGCAGAUAUUGAAGCUCGUAAGAAAUUACGUGUAAGCCAUGUCUUACGUUCAUUCCUUGCACAAGAAGGUGAAAUCUCAAAAGAUGCCGUCGGAGGAGAUGAUUCAGAAACUAACCACUCUGAAGCCGUUCAAGCUUUAUUGGCAAAACCGCAAUUCGUUCAUCCUGAGUAUGUCAACGAUCGUAAUUACGGAUUAGCAGAAUACUUUAUCAGUUCAUCCCAUAACACUUAUCUUGUCGGCAAGCAAUUGUAUGGAUCAGCAGAUAGUAUGAGCUACAAGCAUCAUUUAUCAGCAGGCGCCAGAUGUGUCGAAAUUGAUGCAUGGGAUUCCGAUGAUAAAGCAGAGCCAAAAGUGACACACGGCUAUACACUUACUGAACAUGUCUCAUUCAGACAUGUAUGUGAAGCAAUCAAGAAUACAUUGGAAGAAGAAAUUACUGCAAUCUCUCAACGCCAAGCUCACCCGCCUUUGCCCAUCUUCAUCUCUCUCGAGAAUCACUGUUCGCCCGGUGGUCAAGAGCGCUUAGCAGCAAUCAUGGAAGAAGUCUUUGGUGAUAGAUUGAUCACACAACAUGCCAAAGACCAAAAUGAUCCUAUCAAGUUGGACGAAUUGACAGGAAAAAUUCUUGUAAUGGUGGAAUAUUACGGUCUCGAGAAAGAUGACGUUCCUGAUGAUAUUCCUGCGAAUGCAAAACAAGCUCAAGAUAGUGAUGAUAAAGCCAGCAAAGAACAUCGUGAAAAGAAGGAUGAAAAGCCUGCAAAGAUUAUUCCUCAAUUGGCCGCUUUGGGUGUUUAUGCUCAAAGUAUGAAACCAAAAGAUGAUGCUUGGCUCAAAGGAACAUUGACAGAACCACAAAAUCACCUCGUCAAUGUUGAAGAACGAGCAGUAUUGGAAUUGAUUGAGAAGAAACAAGGUCAAAGUGUUUCAAAACAUAAUGCCAAUCAUCUUAUGCGUAUUUAUCCAAAAGGAACUCGUAUCAAUUCAAAGAAUUUGAACCCUGUACCUUUCUGGGGCGUUGGUGCUCAAGUAUGUGCUCUGAAUUGGCAAACGUUUGAUGCUUCUAUGCAAAUCAAUGAAGCAUUGUUUGCUGGUACAGACGGAUACGUAUUGAAACCACCAUAUUUACGCAAGGAUGGUAGCGGUCAAGCACCCAAAGGACAAAAAGUACAAUUGACAUUGGAAAUUGCAGGUGCUACUGACUUGGCUGUUCCUGAAGGUAGAGAGAAGGACAUCAAGCCGUACGUGACCUGUACGUUAUACUACCCAAAUCAAAAAGGCAAGCCAGAAAAGGAAAAGACUUCGCAUUAUCGUGUCCAUAAACACAAACAAUUGUUCGGACACGAACAACCACCUCCAACGUCACCGGUUUGGGAACCAACAGAAAAACUUCAAUGGACGUACGAAGAUGAUGAUUUAGCAUUUUUACGUAUAUUAAUCAAAAGUGAUGAUGCGUUCGCACGUAAUCCUGCAUUUUUGACAUCUGCUGUUAGAUUAUCAAGUAUUCCAAAAGGAUGGCAUUUUAUUCGUUUGUUAAAUUUACGUGGUGGUGAAACAAAGGCUACUUUGUUGGCACGUUAUCAUAAAAAGAAUGUUUGAUUUUGGUCGCUGCAUUUGCAUGGCAAUAUUUCUUCUUUCCUAAUUAUUUUGUAUCUCUCUAUUCACUGCACUUUCUUGGUUGCAAAUUGAUGAUGGUUAUUCUUAGUGUUGUGAGACCCUGCCAAGAUUCUCGGUAAUAU